AACAAAUUUUCGAGUCAGUUUGUCGUUGACCACAGCUCCCAACAGUCAACCCCAAUUGUUUACAUCCCAGAGAACUUCUCACCCAUAAGUCUUUGACAACAAUAAUGGCGCUAUCGUUGGCAAUUGCCCUGGCGGGUUUCAGAGUGAACGACUACGGCACACUUGUGUCACAUUUAACGGGUCACGAUGCACGUGAAGGCAGACCAUCGUCCCCCAGCAGUAGGAGCGAAUCCAGCGGUGUCAGCAGCUUCGCACCCUCCACGAUUCACACCACCGCUCCAUCCUCGCCGUUUUCUUCGAGGCCGGAGACUCCGAAUGACGAUUCCAGUGUUAUCAGUUACAAAUUACCUAAAUUCACAUCACCGAAGAUGUCAGCAAUCGGGACUGGCAGACGGAAGCAAAAGAAGAAGACUCUGGACAGAAAGCCGCGAGGUCAAUGGAUCUCGUCGUCGGAAGAUGAGAACGAGAAGAGGGACAUCCUUGACCUCAUGACUAACAUCAAGAAUUCAGGCUGGAAUGUGACACAUCCCGACGUGUACAAGAGAAGCGUUCGGAGUUUCAUGGAGAACAGGUCCGUUUACUUCCGACUGAGUGAGGAUGCACUCACAGAAGAUUAUCCAGUCAGAGAAUGCAAACAGUGCAAUUUUCGUGAGCCCUCGCCAUACUUAUGCAGAUGAAUUUUGUAAUUUCACUCCGUCGACGACAAACUACAGAUUAUCAAGGAAAGCGGCAGCCGGUCAAUUAAACGGAAAUUGAGAAUGAUACAAAAUUAAAGAUAAGAGGAAAUGCAAAGACGAUGAUGUUGAUAAUACAUCGAACAAUGUGAUAAUAACGCAGACAUUUAGUGUUCACGUAUGAAAAAAUUACAUGGAAAAACCUAGUGAAUUCCUUAGACUAAUUCUAUUGGAUUUCUAGUAGUUUU